CUCCCAAUCGUUAAGUGUAAAACCACGGAUAUAGCAUAAAUGUAAACUGUCAAACGCAUGCGACGCGCGGAUUAAUAUUUUUUAGGGACACAUGACUCGACUCUUGUUGUCCUAAUACAAAUAACAUGACAGACGUAGACAGUUUGAAGGAAGCUAUCGUGCAAUACGAACAACAGCUUGCACAAGUUCAGGCAACCCUCUCUUCGUCGCCCGAGGGAACAGAUAGAGACAAUUUGUUAAGUUUACAGUCGGACAUAGAGGAACUUAUUAAUUUGACAAAAGAAAGUUUACAAAGCAUCGAAUCGGGCGACACAGGAAACGAGUCAUCGACAGAAAUUCUAAGUGACGACGAUGAUGAUGAUGAUCCACUUGCAAAGGAGUAUGCCUUGUUCAAGGCAGAACUGGAGAAAGUCUCAGAUGACUCUGAGAAUUGCAGGCUGAACGAACAUGCUGCUGGAGCCUCAAACAAUAUAGAAGAAGAAUUGAAGCAGCUGGAAGGCAUGAAAUGUAGAGCCCCCUAUGGUAGCAGUUGGGGAGGUGUUGGUUAUCAUAAUGCCAUGAUAUGCUCGGUUUCUCGAAGUGACAAUACAGAAAUAAAAAAUAUGCAAGACAUAAAGGUCAGAGUACUCUUCUUAAAUCCAACACACAAAGAAAUGCUCCCAUGUCCUUACUAUUUGAAUGGCAAAUGUAAGUUCUCUGAUGAGGAUUGCAGAUUUUCUCAUGGUGAAUUAGUACCAUUAUCUAGCAUAAGAGAAUAUAGGGAACCUGAUUUUCAAACUAUAAAAAUGGGUAGCAGGGUACUAGCAAAACAAAGAAAUGAAUUAUGGCAUAGAUGUGUUAUACUCAAAAUGCCAGAUAAAGAUGGAGAUGUAGCUCGUAUUAAAUUUGAAGCAAGUGGGAACAUUGCUGAAGUUUUUUUGCAAAAUAUUUUGCCUCUUGACGAUGCAGAAUUAGAAAUGUCAGAUACAUCUGAAGGCACAGACAGUGAGAGUGAUUGCCCGGAUUAUUCUAAGGAAGAAAUAAUUCAUAAAUCUCUCCUGACACUUGAUAAUAACUCGCCGAUAGGAAACUGGGAGAAACAUACACGUGGUAUAGGUAGUAAGUUAAUGGCCCAAAUGGGAUAUGUAGUGGGUACUGGCCUUGGAAAGCAUUCUGAUGGUCGAAUAGAACCAGUCGAGGCAACGGUAUUGCCAGCUGGUAAAUCUUUAGACCACUGCAUGGAGUUACGCGAAAAUGCGGGCGGAGAUAAAAAUCUGUUUACCGUUGAACGUAGAAUGCAAAAGCAACAACACAAACUAGAACAACAAAGAGAAAGACAAUAUCAAAGAGAAAAGCAAAAAGAAGAAAAAAGUGUAUUUAAUUUUAUAAAUGCAGCGUUAGGUGAUAAACCUAAAACUCAAUCCGAAACGGGUACCUCAAAAAGUAAAAGCGAUCUUAAGACAGAGUCGAAUCGGCAGCUAAAUGUAGCUAGCUUACAGGUCGGACAAAAUAUUUUACGACUUGAGAGAGAAUCGUCGAAGUUAAAGGAAUCACUAACAAGACAUGCAAAGGGUAGCAUUCAAUAUAAUAACAUUGUAAUGAGGUAUAAUGAAAAGCAAAAAGAACUCGUUGAUUUAAGAGCAUCGGAAAAAAACAUUGCCGGUGAACAGAGCCGACGAAAGAAUACAGCUAAAUUGUCUAUAUUUUGAUGUCAGUACAUUUACAAUUUUGUUUCUAACAGC